UGCGCCGGCCUCGGCUGAUUGAGGGCUCCUGAAGCGCCCCCCCCGCUCCCCCCGCAUCCUCUGCAUCGCCCCCCCCGGCGGAAAAUCGGGAUUUGAACCCUCCCCCCGGAGAUCAAGGCCGGGGCUGCGAUCGGGGGGGGUGUCCGGCCCCCCCAGGAGGGCGAGCGGGGGCGGCGGUCGAGGGAGAUUCGGGACGCCCCCCCCGGACAGACAGACGGACAUGGGGCGUUUUCUCUUCUACCGGCAGUUCUCACCCCCCCCCUGCAAAACGCGGGGCGCUGACGCCUGAGCCCCCCUCACUGCGCCCCCCGCGCGUCUCGCCGCUGCCCGGGCUCCCCGGAUUGCGGACUUGGGGGGCCCCGGACGGGCAGCGGGGGCCCCACCCCGAGCCGGGGGGGGGGCCGCGAGGCAGCCAGAGCGGGGGGGGCCCCGCGCCGAUCACGGAUUCCGUGGCAGCCGGGGCCGCGGCGACGUUCCCCAUGAGGAGGGUGGAAGAUGCCGACGUCGCCCGCGCUGCUGCUGCUGCUGAUCGUCAACUUCGCCCGCCUGAGCCUGCAGGUGCUGUCGUCACUGCGCAUGGCUGCGAUCCUGGACGAUCAGACGGUGUGUGGGCGCGGGGAGCGGCUGGCCCUGGCCCUGGCCCGGGAGCACAUCAACGGCAUCAUCGAGGUGCCAGCGAAGGCCCGCGUGGAGGUCGAGAUCUUCGAACUGCAGCGCGACAGCCAGUACGAGACCACUGACACCAUGUGCCAGAUCCUGCCCAAAGGGGUGGUGUCGGUUCUGGGUCCUGCAUCGAGUCCAGCCUCGGCCGCCACCGUCAGCCACAUCUGUGGGGAGAAGGAGAUACCCCACGUGAAGGUGGGCCCCGAGGAGACCCCCCGGCUCCAGUAUCUUCGCUUCGCCUCCGUCAGCCUCUACCCCAGCAACGAGGACCUGAGUCUGGCCCUGGCCCGGAUCCUGCAGUCCUUCAACUACCCCUCGGCCAGCCUCAUCUGCGCCAAGGCCGAGUGUCUGCUGCGAUUGGAGGAGCUUGUGCGCCAGUUCCUCAUCUCCAAGGAGACGCUGUCGAUCCGGAUGCUGGAUGAUGCCCACGACCCGACGCCGCUGCUGAAGGAGAUUCGGGACGACAAGAUCUCAACUAUCAUCGUGGAUGCCAACGCCUCCCUCUCCUACCUCGUCCUCAAGAAGGCCUCGGAGCUGGGCAUGACCUCGGCCUUCUACAAAUACAUCCUGACCACCAUGGAUUUCCCCAGCCUGCGGCUGGAUGAGGUGCUGGACGAUCACUCCACCGUCCUGGGCUUCUCCCUGCUGAACACCAGCCACCGCUUCUACCCCGACUUCGUCCGGAGCCUCAACAUGUCCUGGCGCGAGACCUGCGAGCGCAGCCCCUUCCCCGGCCCCACGACUCCACACUUUGACAUGACCCCAUCAAGGGGAUGGGGGCUGUUUGUUUAG